CAACUCGCCCAGCGGUUCUCCUGUCGAACAAGAGCUAGGAUGAUUCGGAAUCUCACUCACGCGCCUUGCGAUUGAUGGUUCGCCUUGGACAGCCGUUUGGGGCAUUUUUACUAGCGCGGCAGCCUGGCGGAGAAUACAAGAGGAUUGCAUCAGAUCACAGUAUUGUCGCACAAGUCAAAGAUGUGACUUCUGUUCACAACUAUCAUGGGCGGAGUCAGGACCGUAGAAAUAUUGUAACUGUAUGUUUUUCUUCUCAUGAUUGGGCCAUCAGUAAAACCUCGACUUACUUAAUGAGACUUUUUUGGACUUUUCGGUGGUUUUCACUUCUUUUCAAAAAUGAGUGGCCUUUUUUCAAUUGUUUUUCUUAAUUCACUGCCUGGUACCAGCUUGAGUAUUAGGAAUAGUUUACUAUUAUUAUUCAUGGAAAGGUUCUGAC